CGAAGGUCUCGACGUUGAGCAUCCCACUCUGAGUCCAAUUAAAGCACCAUCUGUCACCUCUUUGUCAAAAUCCAUCAUGCUUCUCUCUUCGAUUAGCCUCGCAUGCCUGUUCCAAGGCAUCCUAGCACAGACAACGAUCAUUACUGGUGAAAACAACCAUAACUGUCCUGGUGUUCUCAAUAAUCCCUCCAAUAACAAAGCGUAUUGCUGCGUUGGCGGCAAGCUCGACCUGAGCACCUGUGAAGGAUGGCCAAUCUGCACAGGCAGUUCUUGGGAACCCAAAUCAAUGAGCUGCUACACCACCAUUCCUGUCUCGGCAUCAGACUAUGACUCACGAGUCAAGAGUGCAAGCUCGAGGUACCUGAAUGGUGUAGAGGCAUCGGCUACUGACGAUGCGUCGUCCGCAACUUCAACUGGUGAUAACACCAAAGACACGGCUUCCAAGACAACCGCCAGGGGAAGUGCUGAACAGACGGCUUCGGAAACGAUCUCUGCGGCGAGUUCUUCUCAGACGGGCAAUGAUUCGAACAUGAAGACGCCGGGUUCCGUCGUUGGGCUGUUGGGGGGUAUCAUGGCAAUGUGGAUGGUCCUGUGAAGCGCUUGAAUUAGCAAGAAGUCUGACAUAUCUGCGACAGCGAGUUUGAUGAGCUAUAGGAUCAAGUAGCCGUUUAAGAGUGCUUGGGCAAAUUCAUAACCAGUUGUGACAGCUGAGCGUCACCGAUUGUUGAGGUUCUUUGACCAGACUAGGCACAUGCAAGUAUUUCGAGUCAAUAUCAAAUUGCUUGCUUGUUUUAAAAA